AGGGGGGACCGCAAUAUCAUUUGUGAAUCCCUCUCUCAGUGCUGCAGAUCGGGGCUGCCAACACAUGCGCCGCGUCUGCAGGUGAAGGAACACGCUGAAUGUAGUGGAUACACUGAGGAAUCCAAGUCACUCGAGACAAGAAAUACGGCGGAUUUACACUUGUUUUCCGGUCUGUGACUGCAACAUUUGACACUUGACGGUCCGGGUUUCGCCGCAAAAGUCAAGUCGCAGAGUGGACAGAUCUCGUUUUCCUCUCCGCUGAUGAGUUUGGAACUUAAACAUCCUCGGACAUUCCUGGACCUAACGCUAAGCGAGAGGAAUAUUUCUAGGCUGGAGAUUGUUGCCCCGAACUGUGAGUAAAAUAGUGCGAUGUGGACUAUUUUACUUUAUGAUGUUGCGUCCGAAGCUUGACGCGCAUGGUGUUGCGAGCGCACCGGAUUCAUCCUUUUUUUAGUUUAGUCAGAUAAAACACACGUAUGUAUUGAGUGCGCAAAGACAUAGAUACGUGAAAAGACUGAACAAUUGCUGCUCUUGAACUGCUGCAGAAGCGAUGUAAAAGAUCCCCAAUCGAAUUUUUACUCGCACGCUCCUUUUUUUCACCCCUCUUUCUCACGUUCAAGAGAUUGUUUUUCACUUAAAAAAAAAAAGGGACAAUGAGGACUACUGGCACGGUGGACUACCUGUACUAUUGCAUGCUCAUCCUACAUCUGAUGCAUCAGCCGGCUGCCAAGCAAGUGCUUCGCUACCGCCUGGCUGAGGAGGGACCGCCGGAUGUCAGAGUAGGGAACGUAGCGGCCGACCUGGGAAUAGUAGCCGGGUCCGGGGAGGUGACAUUCACGCUGGAGUCUGGCUCUGACUUUUUCAAAAUUGACAACAUCACAGGUGAGCUCACCACCAACGAGCGGAGGAUUGACCGUGAAAAGCUCCAACAGUGCCAAAUGAUAUUUGAUGAGAAUGAGUGUUUUAUAGAUUUUGAAGUGUCAGUGAUCGGACCGGCCCAGAGCUGGGUGGAUCUCUUCGAGGGGAAAGUCAUCAUAUUAGAUAUCAACGAUAACACUCCGUCAUUCCCUUCCCCUGUCCUGACGCUGUCUGUGGAGGAGAACAGACCCAUUGGAACCCUUUAUCUGCUGCCUACGGCCACUGACAGAGAUUUUGGCCGAAAUGGAAUAGAGAGAUAUGAGCUCAUUCAGGACACCGGUGAUAACUCAAGACGCCUGUCAGGGGAUUCGUACUCUGGUAAGAGGAGGUUUGAGGAGGGCGCCAGUCGGAGCAGUGUCUUUGAACUGCAAGUUGCUGACACCACUGAUGGAGAGAAGCAGCCCCAGCUCAUCAUUAAAGGGGCCCUUGAUAGGGAACAGAGAGACUCCUAUGAGCUCACUCUCCGCGUGAGAGAUGGAGGUGAUCCCCCUCGCUCCUCCCAAGCCAUCCUGAGAGUGAUGAUCACCGAUGUGAAUGACAACAGCCCACGGUUUGAGAAGAGUGUGUAUGAAGCCGAUCUGCCGGAGAAUAGCUCCCCCGGUGCCCCCAUACUGCAGCUGAAAGCGGCUGAUGCGGACGUGGGGGUCAACGGUCAGAUCGAGUAUGUGUUCGGGGCUGCCACAGAGUCGGUUAGGAGGCUGCUGAGGCUGGAUGAGAGCACAGGCUGGCUGAGUGUUUUGCACCGCAUCGACCGUGAAGAAGUGAGCCAACUGAGGUUUACAGUAAUGGCCCGUGACCGUGGCCAGCCCCCCAAAAUGGACAAGGCCACUGUGGUGCUGAAUAUAAAAGAUGAAAACGACAAUGUCCCUGCCAUAGAAAUACGGAAAAUCGGACGCAUAUUCCUCAAAGAUGGCAUCGCCAACGUGGCUGAGGAUGUGGUGGUGGACACACCCAUUGCCCUGGUUCAGGUGUCAGACCGUGACCAGGGUGAGAAUGGCAUAGUGACCUGCACCGUGGUCGGCGAUGUGCCUUUCCAACUGAAACCAGCCAGUGAGAUGGAAGGAGAGCAGAAUAAAAAGAAGUAUUUCCUGCACACAUCCGCGCCACUCGACUAUGAGGCCGUGCAGGAAUACAACGUGGUCAUUGUGGCUGUGGACUCAGGGAGCCCGAGUCUGGCAAGUAAUAAUUCUCUUAUUGUGAAAGUGGGCGAUACAAAUGACAACCCGCCUAUCUUCAGCAAGAAUGUAGAGGAGGUGUCAUUUCCUGAAAACAAUGCCCCAGGUGAGCGGGUGACAACCGUGCUAGCAAUUGAUGCAGAUAGUGGGAAGAACGCUGAAAUAGCCUAUUCCCUCGACCCAUCAGUAAAUGGGAUUUUCUCUAUCGAUGCAGACAGUGGAGACAUCCGAGUAAACACCAUCCUGGAUAGAGAGCAAACGGAGCGCUACGAAUUUAAAGUGAUAGCCAAAGAUAAAGGACUAAACACACUUCAGGGCUCUGCGACCGUGGUCGUCCUUGUGGCAGACAAAAAUGACAACGAACCAAAGUUCAUGCAGGAUGUGUUUACUUUCUAUGUCAGAGAAAACCUGGAACCAAAUAGUCCUGUUGGCAUGGUUACUGUCAUCGACGCAGACAAAGGCCAAAACGCAGAUAUGGGCCUGUUCAUUGAGGAGGAGGAGGAGAUCUUCUCCAUUGAAAACGACACCGGGACCAUAUUUUCCACUCUGUCCUUCGACAGGGAACACAAAACUACUUACACAUUCCGGGUCAAAGCUGUUGACGGAGGAGACCCUCCCAGAUCUGCCACAGCCACCGUUUCGCUCUUUAUCGUGGACGAAAACGACAACGCACCGACUGUCACCUUCCCCAUUAACAGCUCCUACACCCUCCUCCCGCCCUCAAGUAACAUCAGAACUGUUGUCAGGACCGUGAUCGCCACCGAUUCCGACACCGCAUUCAACGCCGAGCUGAACUACAGCAUCGUUGGUGGAAACCCCUUUAAACUUUUUGAGAUUGAUGGGGUCACUGGUGUCAUUUCCCUCGUGGGGAAGCUGGAGCAGAAGCACAUUGGUCUCCACAGACUUGUGAUCCAAGUGAACGACAGCGGCCAACCUUCUCAGAGCACAACCACUUUGGUCCAUGUAUAUGUGAAUGAGACUCUUUCCAACUCCACCGUUGUGCAAGCCCAGGUGGCAAAGAGCCUGAGCACAUCUCUCAACACCAAUAUUGCCGGGGACCCAAAUUACGACCUCAGUAAACAAAGACUCAGCAUCGUAAUUGGAGUCGUGUCAGGCGUCAUGACAGUCAUUCUCAUCAUCCUUGUUGUCGUUAUGGCCAGAUAUUGCCGGGCCAAAAACAAGAACGGGUAUGAAGCUGGCAAGAAGGACCAUGAAGACUUCUUCACACCCCAACAACACGACAAAUCCAAAAAACCCAAGAAAGACAAAAAGAAACAGAAAUCCAAACAGCCACUUUACAGCAGCAUCGUCACCGUAGAGGCCUCCAAACCGAACGGACAGCGCUAUGAUGGCGUCAACGAGAAACUGUCCGACAGCCCAGGCAUGGGCCGCUACCGCUCGGUCAACGGUGGCCCGGGAAGUCCAGACCUGGCACGGCACUACAAGUCCAGUUCGCCUCUUCCAACAGUUCAGCUUCACCCACAGUCACCGACAGCGGGUAAAAAGCACCAGGCUGUUCAGGACUUGCCCCCUGCCAACACCUUUGUUGGCACCGGAGAUAACAUUUCCCUUGGAUCUGACCACUGCUCUGAAUAUAGCAGUCAGACAAUCAACAAGUACAACAAACAGGUGGUGCAGUCAAUUCUUUUCCUCUCAUUGGAGCAACAAGGUCACAACACUCGGCAAAGUAAUUAGACCUCAUGGCUGCGGUUUUUCUUGGAACAGAGAAAACUGGAGGGUUGCUCAUAUUUCUGUCUUAAAAUUCUAGACAAUUUGAAAAAGGUAACUACGGCAGUGUGACGGAAUUUUGUGGAAGACAAAGGAAUACUUCCUGAACAGUUCAACACAUGGAGACAAACACUAGAGAGCUGUAUACACCUUGUGCACCGUCCCAGAGUGUGUUUUGUUUGCAUUCAGCUUCCCGGGAAGAUCGGCGAUUCAUCAAAACUAGGAAGCUGAUUUCACUUUUCAUAUUCCAUUUCUGAAAGAAAAAUAUGGAAUGUCCCACGUGCCCUGCACAUUUAUAUUUUUGACCUGUUACCCAAUGUGAGAAAAGUAUUAAUGCUAGUUAUGAACUCGUGAAUGAACAUUUUCAAACAUGUUUUAAGAAAAAUAAAAGGUGUUAGUGGUAACUGAUGCUUGUCUCUGGAUUAUCCUGCUCAUCCAAGCUUUUGAAUGCAAAUCGAAACCUUUUAUCACACUUUGUAAAGUCAUUGCAAGCAUUUGUUAAUAAUGUUCAUGUUUGAUUUUAUUUAUUCAUUUUCUUUUGCUGUUUUGUUUAAAUUCAUUUUUUGUCACCGUCUUGUAAAUAUUGAAAAUAAAGUGCAACUUGUUUUACCCAUUCAUCCAUUUACUCAUUCAUCCUCAUCUACCUUAGUAAGAAGUGUCAGAAGCGAUUCCAAAACAUGAAGAUGCAACUUCUGGGCCUGGGCUGUGGCCUGCUCUGUUCUGGAUCUGUCUAGAAAAAUACUGCACAAUCAAGUUGGCAUUACAUCUAAUAUGACUUUUUAUGAUGGUCUACCCAGUCACAUUCUUUUGACAUUCAUUAUAAACUAUUUUUUUUCUGAGGUCAGGAUCAGCAACCUUUUUAAUCCUUAGUUAUUUGUUUAUUUGGCUUUUUUUUAAUCCAUUUUCCAAUUCUUAGCAUUGGUCAAAAACUCUAAGAAAUGGCAUGGCAGCCUAAUCAAACAAAUAAAAAUAACACAAAUUGUCAUGUUAAGGGAGAUAAGUAAAAAGUAUCAUUCAUGACAGUCCAGUAUAUUCCUGACACAAGAGAAACUUCUACCUCUCCAUGUAGGAAUUCUGGCUCGAGCGCUAUAUUUGGUUCACAGACUUGUUUAUCAACGAGAUGGUCAUAUUUUGUGAGCCUCAACAUCCCACUGAUCUGACACCAGAUGAAAGUUUAAGCACAUCAGUUAAAACUGGCUCAACUGGAUGAAAAUCAGACUGCAGUGAAGGAUCAGAUCAAUGAGGGAACUUGUUUAACCACCUUGAACUUGAACGUUAAGAAUGUACUCUUAACAUCUACAAGUGCGACUCGCUCCUGCUCAAGGCUACAACAGUAUCUUUUUCCAGAACCUGAUAAAUAAAUAAACAACAAAUAUAUAAAUACAAUACCAUCUCUGUAUUUAUUCAGUGCUUUAUUGCAUGUCUCUUACAGAUGGUUCACAAACACUGGUGAUUUGUUUUAUGCAUUCACUUCACACAGAAUGAAAAUAAAAUGUUUUCUUCUGGGCUCAUAUCUCCAUGUCCUUGAGGCCAGUGUGACACUACCUGUCUAUAAUCCCGAAGCUAUCCGGCACUACAAGGAGAGGUUGCCUUCUGUUUACAGCCAUAACUCAGUUCAUGUCUGAGGCUCAGAGGAGCUCACAUUUUCAGACCUUUGGAUCAUUAAUAUGCCUCUGGCAAAGCACUCCUAAUGUGAGCUGUUUCUUGUCUUACACGUUGCUCCAACAUCAAUUUAGCACAGCGCAGUAGGAUCACCUCAAAAACGACCAAAUAAGGUGGUUUUCUCUCUUCCCCUUUUUUUCCCACCACUAUUUUCCCCCCCUAUCACCCGCCUUGCUUUCCAGUCGUUUAUCUAAAUCAGUACGCUCCAUUAAAACACGGCCAAAGAAGGAGCGUUGAGCUCGGAAAUAACUGCCGGAACAUCAUAUUUUUUUUAGGAUGCUAUUCUGGCAAAAGUUAAACAUUAACUUUUCGCUUCUUUCUACUGCUCUCUUCUGACAAGUCGGAGCCUGAGUGUUUGUUUGUUGGUGGUGAUGCAGCUUCAUUUGGGGAGAGUGAAUAAAAUGCUCAUCAGGAAGUGACAUUUUCAUGGGAGCACAAGGUUGUGAUAUUUGAUUCUCGUCACCGGAUUGGAAGUCAAUGUCAUUGCGAAAAAUCAUUUUAGGAGAGAACAAAAUGUGCUCUUCAGAAAAAAAAAAUGGCUUAAUGAAUAACUGGUGUCUAUUUAUAUCGUGAGUGUGACUGUGUUCCAUGAUCUGCGCCAGUCCAUGGUCUGGAGAAAUGGUUAAACAAAAUGCUUCAACAAACCAAAUGUUGCUACCAAGUCUUCACUUUUACAGAUGUCCAUCAUCCACCUACAGACCCCAGAACUGUCCCACCGUUUUACAAAGUCAUGAAGGCAGAACUAGAAAAAGAUGGGAUCCCUGAAGCCAAUUUGUUUUUGCUGUGUUUGUGAGGUAGUCCAUGGACAUGGUAUUGAUCAUGAAUGUAGGUGUUUGGAGAUGCUACUCAGGGUCAUGGCUGCCUUUUGAAAUAAAUGUAUUCACUGACGCGAAUGAAGCCUUCUUAUUUGGAAACAAAGAUUUGGAGGUUUCCUUUACCUGUGCAGGAAAAAAGGGUGAGUUAAAGUUGACUCUCUAUUGACACCUUUGGUGAUGUGGAGCAGAUGAAUGAGGGAGGAAAUUUGAUUGACAUAGAUGUGGAGAGUGGGAGGAAAUCCAUGUUAACGAAAGACUGAGAAAAAGAAACCGCGCAGUACAAAGCAUGACACCGGUUGUAUGAAUACACGCACACACAAACUUGCAAUUGGCAGCACCCUGAACGCGCAUCUCAAUGCAGAAUGAUAUUAGAAUAUUUUGGGCUGGAUUGACGUUGCAUGCAUUAACGCUGAUGACAGUUGCUGAAUUGCAAAUGUCCUCGAUGGCAUGUUUUCGCUUCAGUGGAUUACAAGCUAAGCUAUUUUGCAUUAGUCACGCAUCUCUCCGAGUCAAGAAAUCGACAACCAGAUAUUUGCAGUUAAUGCAGUGCCUGCGACAGGCUGCCGCUAAUUUCAGUGGAUGGCGCAACUUUUGUGAGGCUAACUGUUGUUUUUUUGAUGGAAUAGGCAUGAGUACGCAACCAGGUGCGCACACACACUCCAUUUUAGUACAUAAGAUUGGUCAUUGUUUUUUUCCAUUUUCUGUCGCUAUUUGAAGCUAUGAGCUCAGUUUUCCAGGGUCACAGAACGAAUGCGCUCUGAUUGAGCCUCUUUUCAUAAUACUUAGGAGCAUUGUCUUUCAGUUCAGAGUACACAGACAGAGAGACGUGUACUCAAGUAAACAGCUACAACCUCUGCUCUUGAACAAACUAACCCUCUACUUGUACUGCUGGGUGCAAAUCUGCAAAAGAUGAGAAAAAUAUAUUGUCGAAUCCAGCUUGCCGGUUGGUGUCAGAUGAACAAGAUUGGGUCUGAUUUCUCUUUCAAACAAUAACCUGGAAUCAGAGAAGUCGGGCGCUGGGACACGUUCCUGCUCGGCGGCCAAAGUGGGAUAAGAAUUUAAAUGCCCGUUUUGUAUGUGGGAGAGAAAGCUAGGCAGGCAGGGAUUGCACACAAAGUCCUUCAAAUCCUCUGAGGUGCUAGCGGCCAUCAUGUGCCGAGCGGUAAAUUGAUCGGGACAUAGCACCGUGGCGGAGAUGAAAAAAAGAAGAAGAAGAGGAAGAAGACCGGAACACACAAGCAUGUCGGAGGCACAAAAGAUGUAGCGGUGGAUGAUCAGAAAUGGGACACGUGCACACGGAAGGCAUCGCUUCUACUUCUUCAUCACUGAAAGCCCCUUUGGUGUUUUGGUUUCAUUAUAUUGCAAAUGCACAUUUGACAGAUACUGUUGAACACAUUUACAUUUUAAUUCUAAACUGCACUGAAAAGUCUCAUGGAGACCACUUGAUAGAUAUCAUAUUGACAUGCAGUACUGUGGGUUUUUCCACAGACGUUUUCCUUCUUCAGUUGGCAUCAGCUGUUCUCACAUAGCAGGAACCAGAACUCAGAAGAGUGUAGACAGUUAACAAAUAUGUUGCCCUAUAUCCUUUUUAUCUAUGCUAUUCUAUACCUUUUUUGCAUUAGAAAUAGCAUUGAUUGCAAUGAGCUUGGUUGGACAGCACAUGGCAGUGGCAUUCCAGAACUUGCUCGCACAGCACACUCAAUCGGUGGGUGCAAGGAAUAAAGGGAGGUUGUGCUGUUGCGCUCUCUCACCAGAGAUGGAUGAAUCGAAUGUAUUGACCAGAUGGCAACAGAUGGGGAAUGAUCAAUUCCUUGUCAAACUAUCAACAUAUCCUAAAAAUAUCAUUGAAAUAUGUCACUUGACUUUUUGUUCUAACAGACAAACUGAUGGUCAUUAAACCUGAUUCGGAGAAUCACUUUUAUGUCAGUCAUUCUACUGCAUAUUUAGCAAUAGUAUCCUCUAUAUUGGAUAUGGUGAAGGACACAGGUUUUUUCCCGCCAACAUGGGGUGAGCAACUGUGAUGCAACCAAACUAUAUCCAUGUAUGAUUUUUCGAUUUAUUCUGAAGUGGCGUGCUUUUGUAGUAUUGCGAUGCUCAGUAUCAAAAAACAAAGUAAGGAAAAAAAGCCUUUAUUCUGGAACGUUAUGCAGCUAACACUUCAAGAUGAAAUCUGAUGCCCGUUCCAUGACCAUUAGCCGUUCAUUGGUAGCAUCGUAGACAUCUAUAUGUAGCUUUGCCGUCCUAAACUUGAGUAGAAUGUUGAAACGUCCACGUACAUCGUGUGGUGUUUUGGUGAAAGGUUUUUGAAUGACAACCUUAACUGAGCCUUUCACCAAGCAACCCCACGUGACUCAUCACCAUCUGCCAACAGUCAAUACAACGUGCCACAAUAUUUCAGUGAAUCAGUUAUAGUUUUUUUGUAAAGAAAUGUGCCGCAGCUUAGAAAUGUUGACCGCUGUUCAGAAUUCUGGAUGAAUCCACCAGUCCAUUUACUGCUUUGUUUGGAUAUUUCACAUGCUGCUUCGUGUGGAUCUGGAUAAGCAUGCGAAUAUUUCCAAAGUCUCUGUAUUUCCAAAUAUGGUAGUGGGGUAGAGGUCAGAUGAGUGAGUGAGUGAGUGAGUUAAACAAUCCAGUGCUCCAGUGAAGAUGCUGUGUGGCUUUCAGUUUGAUACUAAAAUAUUCAUCAUGGAAUGUUUUAUAUGACAAGAUGCUUUGUUUUACAGUGCAAUGAGAGCCGAGGCCUUGGCAGGAUGACAGUGUGUCUUAUGUCAACACUGUUUUUGAACAUGUACGUUUUAAUAGUUAAUCAGCGGCCUUGUUCCAGAUUGGCUUUACUUUGUUGUGACAAGGAUGUCAAAGCAAGGACGGUUUCUGAGGCGUGAUUUAAGCCUGUGCCUCACUCCUGAUUCAUUUGAAUCAUUUCCCAUGAAGACGGUUGCUGAACACACUUUUCUUCAAGCUGUCCUUUAUUGCACACCUGCUGUUGGGAACAGACCAUAAAAUGUCCCUUUUUUUCUGGCUGAACCACUUGACCCUGUCCUCACGCCAAGCCCUGUCCUGAGAGCUGGAGAACUUUCCAACACGUCCCACUUUGAACAUUUCAGGAGAGAGCAGACAAUGCGAAUGACAGCUCAAAAAGCUGAUCACUCAUUCAAUCUUACAAAACAUUUCAUUCUUGUGCAUGUCCAACGACCUCUUUUAAUUUCAUAGAGACUGAGUGUUAAGCAUUUUCUCCAUCCAGAAAACUUGGAUACCACAUCCCCAUCAAAUGCAUGUUUGAAUUGCAGUUAUUACCAUGAAGGCAUCAGAAAUAUCUCCUAUGAACACACACAAAAGCAGCUGCUCAACAUUGAGUAGCAUUGAUUGAUUUAUUAUUUGCUCUUCGGCUUUUCUAUUCCAAAGUAAACCAAUAAAUGGCACACUGAAGAAUUGCAGAGUUACUCCUGUCUUUCCAUUUAUAGCUCACCAGUAUCUGUCCUUUCUGAGUGGAGUUUCAAUGUCCUCCCUCUGCCAGCCUGUUUUUUCUAUAGGGGCUCUGGUUUCCUCCCACUGUCCGAAAAUUGAUGACUCUGUAUAUCCCAUAGAUAUGUUCGUGUCUGUUAGUGGUUGCUUAUAACUGUGUGUCUCAUGAUUGACCAGUGACCUAUCCAUGGGUUCCCCUGGAACUCGUCCUGGUCGCUCGGUUAGAGGUGAAUGAAUUAAUGCAUACUUUAAGGAAUGAAUGAGCAGAACAUAACAGAGGAUCUUAAUUCAGCAAAACAUCAAUUGAACAUUCUGAUCGGUCAGAAUAAUAAUAUAGCCCCCUCUAAAUUCCGACACUUAAGACGGAAUGUAUGUAAAAUGUAAAGGGUUAUGACUUAGAAUCCUGUGUUGUCUGGCAUUGUGCCUAUUAAGCAGCAAAUAAAAGCCUAUAUAGUUGGUAACAGCUGUUUCAGUUGUCAAGUGUCGGUGAAAUUUAAAAAGUUGUAUUUAUUUAUUUAGUUAGUUAUCGAUCUUCCAUUCCGAGAUGCCAUUUUCUGUUUGCUUUGGCAACAGAAUUAGCAUCAAUUUUAAGAUGUUAUUGAUGUCAGCUCCUUCGCCACCACCAUAUUUUUCUAUUUCACCCUGUCUUUUUAGCUGUCUGUUCUUUGAAAGCCUUUAAUCUGGGCCCCUAGUCAGGUAUGUCGCUUGAGCAGGACGCCAAAUGAGAGCCUAUGGAAUCGUAGUUGUCCCUCUGACCUUAGGUUCUCCUUCCUCAAGAGCGGCCCUCAUUACUGGCAGCAGGUUGUCACAACAGUGCAAGCUGGAUCAAACAUCUUGUGAAGUGUCCGGUUUAUGCCCUUUACUGUGAAGUUGCUGGAAUCCUAUUAAAACACAUAAUAAUGUCAGCAUGAGACUGAAAGCGAGAAAAAGAGAAAAAGCCUCUGAACUCACCAUUCACACUCUCCGAGUUCAAUCUACAUUGACAGACACAAACUUUUAACUUUUGAAUCAGAUGCCCUCAGUGCUGUCAUUCCAUUUCCACUCGUCGACUGAUAACCAUCUGCUGUCUACAGCUUAAAGGCCAAAGUCUGCUUAAAGAAGAGGGAUGCUCGUCCGUCCACUGACGUGUGUUGUCUAGAAUGUCUCCUGUGAUGACAGGUCAUGUAUUUGUCGGCUGACUGGAAGCAUUCAAGACGGAAAAGAAAUCACUUGUAUUGAUGAACUUGACUUGGCCCCAGUUAUGUCCCAUUCAACAUCAGACAACCAGAGGGUUUGAUCUCAACUUAUUAUUCGAUUGUUUUCUUAAGUACUAUAAAAAUGGGCCAAAACACGCAUACCAUAUACGUGCAGCCUCAAAAUGCCUCCAUUUGUCAACAGACGUAUUUAUAACACCAAAUAGAUUCCACCUCUGGCUCCUUACUAUCAACAAAGCCUACUACACCGACUGAAUGUCAACAACAAGAGAGUCUGAGCAAGCAUUAAACACACUGCCUCCAGUCAGUCACGGCAGGUGGAUGUGGGUUCAAAGAUUCGUAUUUAAAAACCAGGCGAAGUGCUACCACAUACAGGCACAGAUGUUUCAAUGUCUCUCAUAGCAUUAGUGUUGUUUACGCAUACGGCGACACACACUUCAACUGAAGUGUUGAGACAACUCUUCUUUGAUGAAUGCUCUUUUACAUCUCGUAUGAAAGCAUUCUGGGGUCUCUAUGAAACUGUCAAGCAGAGGUGGUAUCUGAGAGAAAACGGACGUGCUAUCGAGUGUGUCUGAUUUCAUGAACAGAGGGAAAGAUUACUGUGGUAUGCCCUUCAACUAAAAUGGCUUCCAAAGUGCAGGUAACAUUUCACUUCAUUCA